GCGAAUAUUCAGAUAUUCGUACGUUCGUGUCUUGUGUAAGCAAGCAAGAUACAAAAGACCCGUUGUUCAUAUGCAAUGUUAUAACCGGCACCGGAGUGUUUCCGCGAUAAAUGCCGGUACGCGUUUUGCAGGUGACUGCGCCUUCCGUGAGCCGUUUCUAAACGCGGCUUGUAGUCUUUUGUAGACACUGUUGUCGCCGCUGUCCCACGUGUUGCAGAACAGACAAAUACAUUGCAGACUGCCGCCACCGAGCGAGCUGCAUCGACAGCUGGAAGUCAUCGCGAUUCUGUAAUCUUACAGUUCACAUAGCCAUUCCUCCUAAAGGCUGUACAAUGAGCGAAUACUUCUCGCUAUCGGAGUGUGAUGUGAUCGGCUUUGAUUUGGACCACACGCUCUGUCGAUACUAUCUGAAGGAAACCUCCAGGCUGAUCUAUGAGAGUUUUGCAGGGUAUCUUGUGGAACACAAGGGAUAUGAUAAAGAUCUACUUAAUUUAACACCUGCCGAUUGGGAUUUCUGUUUUAAAGGUCUUGUGGUGGACCUUGAGGAGGGUAACCUGGUCAAGCUGGCAGCGGAUGGCACUGUCUUGCGGGCAACUCAUGGCACUAAAAACCUGAGUACUGAUGACAUCAUAAAGCAUUAUGGUCCAAAAAGAGAAUGGAAGCAUUUUAAUAGCCUUAAUACCUCGUACACACGAUCUGCAAAAUACUAUUUUUAUGACAACUAUUUUGACCUCCCUGGUGCCCUUCUUUGUGCAAGAGUGGUGGAUAUGUUGCAUAAGCAAGGAGUCGAAAUCACAUCUGACUUGUGGAAAGACAUUGUUGCUGCAAUUGACCAUAAUUACAACACAUCUGCAUUUCGGGAGGACACCGGGACGUAUUUCCCCAGUGUGAAGCGUUGUCCUGGCCGUUACCUACAGCCCUGCUCGGAUGCGGUCAAGAGGUGGUUGAGGAGCCUGAAAAACAGCGGGAAGAUCCUGCUGCUCAUCACCAGCUCGCACUCGGACUACUGUCGACUAGUGUGUGAGCACAUACUGGGAACGGACUUUGAGGAGCUGUUUGACAUCAUUAUCACGAAUGCCCUGAAGCCUGGAUUCUUCUCUCUGGUUCCACAGCAAAGACCCUUCAGAACGCUGGUGGAUGAUGUUGAAGAUGGUGAAGGCUUGCCGUCUCUGGAAAAGCCUGGCUGGUAUUCUCAGGGCAACUGGCCUCAUCUACACGAACUACUGAAGAAGAUGACCAACAAACCUGAGCCCAAGGUGGUGUAUUUCGGAGACAGCAUGCGCUCGGACAUGUUCCCCGCCUGCAGCUUUGGAAAGUGGGAGACGGUGAUGAUCGUGGAGGAGAUGGAGGGGGAGGGCGUCCCCCGUGCGAACGCGACCCCCUGUAACAGCCCCACCCCGACUGAAGGCCCUGCAGAGAAAAAGGGCAAGUUUGAGGAUCAGGGAAUGAAAUCUCCUUCUGAUGUAUCAAACCAGUGGGGCUCAUAUUUUGUAGACGUGCAGAAGAAUGAAGGAGAGGAGACACCGAGACUGACCUGGUGUUGUCGCAGUAUCCACACAUACAGCACUAUGGCUAUACCCAGCAUCGAGGCUAUAGCAGAUCUUCCUCUAGACUUUCAGUUCCAGAGAUUCUCUUCAGAUAAGCCCGUCACGACAGGUUAUUACCCCAGGCCUCCAGACUCGCUGCUGAAAUGGGAAGAGAACUUGUCCUGAUCCCUCACGCCUGUCACCAUAGACCGGGAGUAAUGUCCCACCGUUACGUUCUCAAGCUUCACCACAGAGCUAGACCAUCCAUUCGUCCAAUCAGUGAUCAAGCCGUGUGAAUGUCACACCCA